GUGACAAAAUACUCUUUUAAUAAAAAGGUUUCCAAAGCUGCAACCUUUUUUGGGUUUAGUAGUUGAAGAGAGAAUCAAUCUGACCUGACAUCAAAAAUUUGGCGUCUUUCUAAGCCAACACAUCUCUCUCUGCAUUGUAUUUGAGAAUUGAGGUGAUAUGGCCUCGACCCUUUUCUCCAGAAGUUUCUUGGCUGCUACUCACCGCCUGAUUACUCCUCCUCUGUCUUCUCUUCUUCCCCAAACGUCCGCCGCCGCCUUUCUCACUAAGAGAGCAUUCUACUCUCAUCAAUUAGGCGUUGCUUCUACAGCCUAUAAAUCAACCGCAUGGGCUCGUCGAGCUAUGGCUUAUACUGGAGUUGGUACAAAAGCCGGUUACUCUACAUCAUCCAUAUCAACCAGUGAACCUGUUGUAUCUGUUGAUUGGCUUCACGCUAAUCUUAGAGAGCCUGAUUUGAAGGUUUUGGAUGCUUCGUGGUACAUGCCAGAUGAACAGAGAAAUCCGAUCCAAGAAUAUCAGGUUGCUCAUAUACCCCGCGCUCUCUUCUUUGAUUUGGAUGGAAUAUCAGAUCGAAGAACUAGUUUGCCACAUAUGUUGCCCUCUGAGGAAGCUUUUGCUGCGGGUUGUUCUGCACUUGGAAUUGAUAACAAAGAUGGAGUGGUUGUUUAUGAUGGAAAGGGGGUCUUUAGUGCAGCCCGAGUAUGGUGGAUGUUCCGAGUUUUUGGACAUGACAAAGUUUGGGUGCUCGAUGGAGGUCUACCAAGAUGGCGUGCGUCAGGUUAUGAUGUUGAAUCUAGUGCAUCAGGUGAUGCUAUUUUGAAAGCUAGUGCCGCAAGUGAGGCCAUAGAGAAAAUCUAUCAAGGACAAACCGUUAGUCCAAUAACCUUUCAGACAAAGUUUCAGCCACAUCUAGUGUGGACACUUGAUCAGGUCAAGAACAAUAUGGAGGAUCCGACUUAUCAACACAUAGACGCUCGUUCCAAAGCCAGGUUUGAUGGUACUGCUCCAGAACCCCGUAAGGGAAUAAGAAGUGGGCAUAUACCUGGAAGCAAAUGUGUCCCUUACCCUCAGAUGUUUGAUUCUUCGCAAACACUGUUACCAGCAGAAGAGCUAAAAAAACGAUUUGAACAAGAAGAUGUCUCAUUGGACAAGCCUAUUAUGGCCUCGUGUGGGACCGGCGUAUCAGCUUGCAUCCUGGCAAUGGGGCUUCACCGGCUGGGGAAAACGGACGUGCCGGUCUAUGAUGGGUCGUGGACUGAAUGGGCGACACAACCAGAUUUGCCCAUAGAGGGUGAUGAAUCUUCUUCAUGAAAGUCUCCACGGUAAAGACUAGCGACAAGAUUACAAGCCACAGAAGAAAAUAAUAAUGAUGUUUAACUUGAGGAAAUGGCUUGAAGUAAUCAAAAAUCCAAUUGCUGGCUUUAAAUUUGCCUCCACCCUCAACUAGAAGAGGACUGUAUUUAUAGAACUUGGUUUUUUCUUUUUCUUUUUUUUGUUCUGGAUCCAUCUUCCGAAUAAAAUCAAGAAACAGAAUAUUGUUUAUGAUUCUCAAACAGAGAUCUUGAGGCUAUAAUAAACAAGUUUUUUCAGCA